AUUAACGAUGAUUGACACUUCUAUAUCGCGUGUCUGUGAUAUGUCAAGGGUCAUAUCUAGUCAAUAUACUAGAGACUUAAACACAUGUAUUCAUUCAAAAGUUUUCAAAAUAGUAAGAGAAAAAGCCACAGGAUCAGCAAAAAUUCCUUAUUCCAACAUAAAGGCAAGGCAGGUGAAUGUUGUUUUGGUGGGCUGUCCUUCAGUGCCUUUUAAAGAGCCUAGUUGUUAUGGGAAGUGUAGCCUCAGGACAGUAUUGUCAAAUUUGAAAUCAUUUGACAUCCAGGAGCAUCAGCAAUCUAGUGCUGUCAGUAAAGUUGAUGUAAAGAUGCCAUCAGAUACAAGUCCAAAUAAAGCCCUUGUGUCUGAAGCUUUAAGUGACAUUUUGUUGCAUGAACAGAUAUCCGAAGAAUCUUCUAUUGUUCGCUAGAUCCUGAAAACAGAGUCACAGAGGUGGUGGUUGAAAAUUUAAAGAAUGCCACACAGCAAAACAUAGGUUUG